AUGGACAUUAUAUCAACGGAUGACAACCAAAUGAAAUCUUUAUUCAAAGAGGAAAAUACUAACACUGCUGACGGUAAAAUAACGGUCUGGCAGGCCGGGUGGAAUAUCACCAAUGCGAUCCAGGGGAUGUUUAUAGUAAGUUUCCCGUACGCUCUUCGACAAGGCGGAUACUGGACUCUUCUAGCGAUCUCCAUGGUGGCCGUCAUCUGUACUCAUACCAGCAAGAUCAUAGUAAAAUGUCUGUACGAAGAAUAUUCUUGUGGCAACCAGAUUAGAGUUCGCAACAGCUAUGCUGACAUCGCUGAAAGAGUCUGGGGGGCUAAGUUCGGAAGACUUCUGCUAAUUUUUGCACAAGUAAUAGAACUCUCCAUGACCUGUAUCCUUUAUAUUCUUGUUAGUGGAGAGCUUCUUCAUGGUUGCUUCCGGUCACGUGACGUGAGUCUUGCCACGUGGACAAUCCUCAGUACCGUGCCACUUCUUCCUUGUGUGUUUUUACGAAGUAUUCGAUGUGUGUCCAACCUGAGCUUCUGGUGCACUGUAACUCAUAUGAUAAUAAACGCAAUCAUCAUAGUAUAUUGCUUAACUCAAGUGUCCCAUUGGCACUGGGACCAAAUGCCAAUGAAGAUCAACAUUUGGGAGUUUCCAAUCUCUCUUGGGAUUGUUGUUUUUAGUUACACAUCACAAAUAUUUGCACCAACGUUAGAAGGCAACAUGAAAAACCCCAAACGAUUCACACAGAUGUUAUACUGGACUCACAUCGCUGCUGCCAUCUUUAAAAGCGUGUUCGCAUACGUUUGCUUCUUAACCUGGGGAACAGAAACGAUGGAGGUUAUCACCAAUAAUUUAACACAGCCUGGAUUCAAAAUCACUAUAGACCUUAUACUGGUUCUUAAAGCUCUACUUUCGUUCCCACUUCCGUACUUUUCAACUGUUGAAAUAAUUGAACAAGAAUGCUUCAAUUUGAAGAGUCGUUUUUCGUCAUUUUCUGGGGAUCAACACGCGUUAAAACCGUGGACUGUUGUCUUACGAUUCUUUCUUGUCAUUGGUAUUAUGCUGCUAGCCGUGUUCUUACCACAUUUUUCAAUACUUAUGGGAUUGGUCGGGAGUUUUACGGGUACCAUGCUGUCUUUUGUAUGGCCAUGUUACUUCUAUCUCCGAAUCCAUGGUAGUAAAUUGCUCUGGUACGACAAGUUAGUGAAUUGGAUUGUCAUUGUGCUUGGGGUUGCUAUUGGUGGAAUCGGCAUGUACUAUUCUGGAAUCGCACUUCAUCACGCAAUGGACCAUCAAUCCAGAGCAACAACUUUCAACAGUACAUUAAUGGGUGUGGAAUAA